AUGCUGGAUGAGUUUAGGGUACAGUAUGGAGGGCAAGGUGUGUCUCUGGCCAGACACUUUCUCGCACGGAAACGAUCGGAUGAAAAUCCACAGGAGCAUCUACACCGCCUAAAUGUCGUGGCUAAGCAAGCCAAGAUUGCAAUCGGAGACGAGAGGAUGGCCACAUCGGACACACGUCGUAAACAUGUGGAGAAUUUCAUUGCCACGUUGGACGAUCGCGAUCUGGCCAAGCAGCUGACCCUACUACGAUUGGCCGAUGUCAAUGAGUGGGAUGAGACGUUACGUGCAUGCCAAACGAUAGAGAGCCUUCAGUUGAAGACGUCGACAGGAUCGAACAAGUUCCGCCAGCGAGCGAAUGCCUCCCCAAAUCCUACGUCAUACAAGACUGCUCGAGCGAAGAGGGCAAUCCGUGAGGGAUCGAAAAUUGCGGAUCGGAAUCGGACUCGAUUGGAUCGGGUGAAGACAAGGAUCGCCGCUGAGUUUGUGUGA